GCACGCGCACAGCUGGAGGCGCGCGGCUGGAUUCGGGGAAACGCGCACGCACACAGCUGGAGGCUCGCGACUGGAUUCGGGGGAAACGCGCGCUCGCGGAACCCCGCAGCGCCCCUCGCGUCGGGUGACCCCCGGCUGCAAGCGGAGCGUCGGCGGCCCCGCAGCAGCCUCUGCCCUCCAGUGUCAAGAAAGUCUACUCCUGUCAAUCACUGAAGCCGUAGGAAAAAAAUUAAAACUGUCAUGUUGAGGUAUUGCCACAUCUGCAAGCUUCCUGGCCGAGUGCUGGGCACCCGCAUGCUCCGCUGCUCCCUGGUCGCUGUCCUCACAUUGCUCCUGGUGGCUGGGGCUCUGACCACUUUCCUUCCCACCAACAAGGAGGACAGGGUGCUCCCGUGGCGGCGGGAAGUGAAGCCCCAGGGCCAGGCUGCCCUGGCUGCGUUCACUCUCAUCAUGCAGACAUACAACAGGUCGGAUCUGCUAUUGCGGCUGCUGAAUCACUACCAGGCGGUGCCACAGCUGCACAAAGUCAUCGUGGUGUGGAACAACGUUGGGGAGAAGCCACCCGAGGACUUGUGGAACUCUCUGGGGCCACACCCUGUCCCCGUGGUCUUCAAACCCCAGACUACCAACAGGAUGAGAAAUCGGCUCCAGGCCUUCCCUGAGCUGGAGACCCACGCAGUGUUGAUGGUCGAUGACGACAUGCUCAUUAGUGCCCAAGACCUUGUUUUUGCCUUCUCCGUUUGGCAGCAAUUUCCUGAUCAGAUUGUAGGAUUUGUCCCCAGAAAGCAUGUUUCCACCCCAUCGGGCGUCUACAGCUACGGAGGCUUCGAGCUGCAGGCACCGGGGCCGGGGGCCGGUGACCAGUACUCCAUGGUGCUGAUCGGAGCCUCCUUCCUCAGUGGCAAGUACCUCGACCUCUUCCAGAGGCAGCCCGCAGCUGUCCACGCCCUGGUGGACGACACGCAGAACUGCGACGACAUCGCCAUGAACUUUCUCGUUGCCAAGCACACCGGGAAGACUUCAGGGGUGUUUGUGAAACCUGUAAACAUGGGCAACUUGGAAAAGGAGACCAAUGGAGGCCACUCAGGAAUGUGGCACCGAGCGGAGCACUUCCUGCAGAGGUCUUACUGCGUCAACAAGCUGGUUAAUAUCCAUGGUGGCAUGCCCCUCAGGUACUCCAACAUCAUGGUCUCUCAGUUCGGCUUUCCCUACGCCAACCACAAGAGCAAGAUGUGAAAGCAAACAAACAGACCUCAGCGGCUUAGUGUCUGAGUAGUUUCUCCACACUGUGGUUGCUUGUUUUGUUUUUUAAGCAAUAUCAUGAACUUUUAUCCACUCCAGAAGUCUCUCCAAAGGGAAAGAUGUAUAGAGCUGCUAGGGAGUGAAACCCCACAUGAACUUCAAAACCCAAGGGGCUGGGAAGUCUUGUGCAGAAUCUUCGUCCACACGCAUAACUCCUAGGUCAGCGACUUGAUCAUGUAUAUCCUGAGACAGCCCUUCUGUUUCUUUGAUGCCUGGCAUUUGCCUUAAGGACCCAUUCCAAGCUGUUCCUAGGACCAGAAACUCCAGAGAAGCGUUUCUCAGAAUUUGCAUUAAAGGACUGUCGCUUGCAUUUGAAGCCUGAGAUGCCUCUUUAGCAAAAGCCAGUGGUGUAGGGAAAAGCCAUGAGGAGAGACUCGUCUCACUCCCGCAUCAAACCAGUGGAACAGUCUUAACUCAGUGCUUUACCUUCCCCUGUGGUCCUCCCAGCAGCCUCUCCAGCACUGACUCAGCCCCAUUCAGCUUUGGGGCAGCCAUCGUGCUCUUUCUGUCGAAUCUGUGUGACCUCGAGGGUUAUGUAGUAGCUGAGGGAUGUCUUGUGUUCUGCUCAGUUUUCGUGAAUGUUUACUGCAUGGAUCAUGGGAGAGUGCAGUCAGUGUUUUUAUAUGCAGCUAACAGGCAGCAAGGAGUCGAUGUUCUACCCGGUUCAGGUAGUGCGUUUGUGUCACUGAACCUGACCUUGAGAUUGUAGAUGGAUUCUUGUAUUUUACUAAAGUGUGUGUUGUUCCAGAAAUGUGUAUGAAGUGACUCUCCUGGAAGAAUGUCGAGUAGAAACUGGCAGAAGUCAAAACUCUUAGUAUCAAAAGAUCUUUACUGUUGGGGCUUAGGGUAGCGCAUGGAUACUAAAGGGUCAUGUGUGUUACACACAAACUGAGCCUCUUGCCUUCAAACUUUUUUUCCCCAAAAAAGAUGUAAGACACUAUUUGGCAUUACGAAAUUUUGAUUAUACAGGUACAGGAAAAAAUAAAGGAUUUGAGCCGUGGCAGAGGAAUUCUAUGGGGAGUCUGCCCAGGCUGGUGUUACGUUGCCCUCUCUCUAUUGUAUGAACUAGUCCUGUGUCCACAGCGCCUGGUCCUUGUGCACUGCUGGCAGCGAGGAACACACGUCAGCCUCUGCCUUCCCCCUUCUCCCUCCCCCCCUUCCUCUUCCCAUAAAGCCAUUAUAGUCCCACAAUCCAAAGCUGUGAAAAUAUAACAGUCCUGGUUCGUGUUCCAACAAUGAGCUCUUUGUGUAGUUAGUUUGGUACACAUUGCUCUUUUGCAUUGAUUGUGUGUGUGUGUGUGUGUGUGUGUGUGUGUGUGUGUCUUAAUGCAAUCAGGUAAAGCCAAUGAAACAUGGAACCUCACAAGAAUCUGUAAUGUUAAUUAUCUGCUUUGUCCAAACUCGGUAGUGAUUUUUUUUGCCUCUUGGGAUUGCACUGUCAAAUAAAUAAAAUGAACUUUCACCA